CAUUUGACCCUAGUUCCUUUUAUGGUAACUCCCAAGCCUCAAAUGUAAUCCUAGGCGCUCAGUACAACAGCUGAAAAUGGAAGGGCUGAAAGCAACGAUAUUUCUGUGCGUUUUCCUCUCAUUAUUUAGCGACGUAAGCUGUGCUGUCAGAACCUACCAUAUUGCAGCUGUGGAACAGGAAUGGAACUACGCCCCGAGUAAUGUGAACAAACUAACUGGCGUCUUGUUGGACGAAGAUGAGUCUGCAAAGGUAUUCACAGCAAAAAAUGACCGCACUAAGACGAUUGGACGGAAAUAUCGCAAAGUCUUAUAUCGCGAAUGUAAAGAUUCUUCUUGCAAAGAAUACAAAACUCAUCCUGCAUAUCUUGGCGUGCUUGGUCCUGUCAUUCGUGCGGAGGUUGGAGACACUUUGCAAGUACAUUUCACGAAUUGGGCGACCAGGAAUUACACUGUUCAUCCUCAUGGAGUAUUUUAUCGUAAAGACUCUGAGGGAGCUCUUUAUGAGGAUAAAACAAGUGGAUUUGAUAAGGCAGAUGAUGGCGUGCCUCCAAAUAAAACACAUAUUUACACUUGGGAAGUGAAGAAAGAACAUGGACCCAAAGAGAGUGACUCAGACUGCUUGACAUGGGUUUAUCAUUCACAUGUUCAUCCUCAGAACGAUGUGAAUACUGGUCUUGUUGGUGGUAUGAUAAUUUGCAAGAAAGGGACGUUUGAAAACAACAAACAUAAAGAUGUCGACGAAGAUUUCAUGAUAAUGUUUACUGUCAUGGAUGAGAACAACAGCUGGUUGUUAGAAGAAAAUAUCAAAACGUAUUGCCCAAACUUAACUUCGUCAAAAGAUGACGAAGACUUUCAGGAAAGCAACAAAAUGCAUGUGAUCAAUGGCUACUUCUACGGAAACACACCAGGACUUGAUAUGUGCGUUGGGGAUAAAGUAAAUUGGCAUUUGUUUGGUAUGGGGACUGAGGUGGAUAUACAUACAGCUUUCUUCCAUGGCCAGACUGUUACAAUAGAUGGUCAUCGUAAAGAUGUUGGUUCCAUGUUCCCAGCGAGAUCAAGCACUGCUCAUAUGACCGCAACGAAUCCUGGUACAUGGCUGUUGAAUUGUCUGGUCAAUGAUCACUACUCCGCCGGAAUGUCGGCUUUGUUUCAUGUAAAGGAAAACUGCAAGGGAAAAUCUGCUCCUAGUAACGCACUGGACGGCAAAACAAGGAAAUAUUUCAUAGCUGCUGAGGAAGUGAUUUGGGAUUAUGCUCCAUCGGGAUUGGAUAACUUCAAUGGCGGGAGUUUAACAAGUGAGGAUAGCAAAGGCCAUGAGUUUUUUGCCAGGUCCAACACUUCCAUCGGUGGAAAAUAUUGGAAAGCGUUAUUUUUUGAAUACACAAACGAUACUUUUACUGAGCAGAAAAAGAAGCCUAUUUAUUUGGGAUUCCUUGGCCCGGUGAUACGAGCUGAAGUCGGAGACACGAUAGAAGUUACUUUUAAGAACAUGGCAUCGUUUAACUUCAGUAUACAACCUCAUGGUGUGUUUUACAACAAGUCAAACGAAGGUUCAUCAUACAAUGAUUCGACAUCAAGUUUAGCGAAACUGGAUGACGUAGUCAGACCAAACCACAAAUUUGUCUAUACUUGGACAAUUCCAGAACACGUUGGACCAACAAAAGACGAUCCAAAUUGUCUGACCUGGGUUUAUUCUUCUGCUGUUGAUCCUAUUAAGGAUGUUUACUCCGGUUUAAUUGGCCCACUACUGGUUUGCAGGAAAGGAUCUUUGGACGACGAGGGAAAACAGAAAAAUAUUGACAAGGAGUUUGUUUUAAUGUUCACGGUGUCAAACGAAAACGAGGCUUUGUAUAUUGAGAAGAACGUGGAAGAGUUUAUUGGGGGAUUUGCAGCAAAAUCGUUUCAUUAUGAUCCCGAGAUCGAGAACAAUUUAAUGCAUGGGAUAAAUGGAUUUCUAUUCGCUAACCUACCUGAUCUCGUAAUGUGCCUGGAUGAUAACGUGUCUUGGCAUCUUAUUGGCUACGGCAACGAAGUUGAUAUUCAUGGCGCGUAUUUUCAUGGUCAGACAUUUUUGAUGAAUAAAAAUCGUAAAGAUGCCCUUAAUUUAGUACCAGGAACGUUUGAGACAGUGAAAAUGAAGCCAGACAACCCUGGUGAAUGGGCGGUCGUUUGUCGCACCAAUGACCAUUAUGACGCUGGAAUGGUGGCUAAGUUUCAAGUGAAAACAUGUGGCAAGAAUCCUUCCUUCGAAUCAGCAAAAACUAGGACGUAUUACGUCUCAGCUGUUGAAGAAAAGUGGGAUUAUGCCCCAAGUGGAAAGAAUUUAUUAAAAGGAACUGAUUUAGACAAGGAUACGAAUGCAAAGCCUUAUACCGAGUCUGGACCAAAAAGAAUAGGACGUAUAUAUUAUAAAGCACUCUAUCGAGAAUACACGGAUGGUACGUUCAAAAAAAGAAAAGAAAGUCCUGCAUAUCUUGGAAUACUGGGACCGAUAUUGCGAGCAGAAGUUGGCGAUAUUAUAAAAGUUGUUUUCAAAAAUCAGGCAUCUAGAAAAUAUUCGAUUCAUCCCCAUGGCGUAUUUUAUGACAAACAAAACGAGGGAUCUUUGUAUCUGGAUAACACAACAUCAAAAGAUGACGAUGUGGUUUCCCCAGGCGAGACUUAUACCUACACUUGGAAAGUGCCUUCCAGAGCAGGACCUACCUCGAGUGAUAAUGAUUGUUUAACGUGGAUAUAUUACAGUGAUGUUGAUCCAUCAAAGGAUACAAAUUCAGGUCUUGUGGGUCCUUUGAUCAUCUGUAAGAAGGGAAAGCUAUCAGAGGACGGAUCGCGAGCUAAAUAUGCCGACCAUGAAUACCCAAUCUACUUCAGUGUUAUGGAUGAAAACUUGAGUUGGUAUUUAGACAAAAAUAUUCAAGAGUUCGCCAAAAGUUCUGAUAAAGAAGACGAAGAUUUUAUGGAAAGCAAUAAAAUGAACGCAAUAAAUGGUCGUAUUUAUGGUAAUCUGGAGGGUAUUAAAAUGGUGAAAGGGCAAAAAAUCAAUUGGUAUCUUCUAAGUCUUGGUACUGAAGUUGAUAUGCACAAUGUUCACUUUCACGGUCAGACGGUUUUAGCAAGAACAUCAGCUGAUCACAGAGAAGAUGUGAUUGAUUUAUUUCCCGGGGUGUUUAUGACGGUCAAGAUGGUACCAGACAGCAUUGGAAGGUGGUUAUUACAUUGUCACGUGAAUGAUCACAUGGUGCAUGGGAUGAUGGCUCUUUACGAUGUUGAAGAUACCCCAUCGCCCACCUCGCCAACCUCGCCAAACUCAACAACGACAAAGAAAAGUUCAUCAAGGAUUAAUGUUAUGAACAAAUUCAACCUCUUCGUUUCCAUAUCUCUCUCUAUAUUUUUUGCUUAUACUUUGUCCUAGUGAGAAGUAAAACAUUACAAGCUAUAGGUGACGUGUCUCGCUGUCUGUCUAGAUUUCUGUCACGGUGUCUGUCUAAAUUUCUGUCAUGGAAAAUAUUAGUUGAUCGAACCGAAGUUUUUUCAAACCAAUAAUUUUUAGUAAAAAUCAUGUACAUAAUGAUUGGUGCAAAGGAAUGAUUUUCAAGUAAAGUUAGAA